AUGCCAUCGACUCCGAUUAGUUCGAUGGCUGUUUCGAGGCAGCCGGAGCUCGAUCAAGACGCGACGGUGGAAUCAGAAGACUCAUCCGCCGUGAUAUUCAGUAUACCGGAAGUUUUAGACUAUGUACGGUCACUCACCGACUGUUGGCGCGAUGACGCGUCUUCUUCACGAGGAGAUCUUCGAUCCGACGAAAUCUUCGAUCGAUUACGCGAGGAGCAUCAAAUCCUCCUAUUACCUGAGGAAGACAAUAUGUAG